AUGAGCAAAACUGUAAGAAGGGGAGAAAUAUACUUUAGCGGCGUUUUUAAAUAUUGUAAGAAGAAAAGCUCGCCAGUAAGUGAUGAUGCUGGUUAUGGGGACUUUUCAACAGAGAGGGGACACAUGCGCCCAAUAAAGGAGAAAAAAAUUAUGCAUAGAAUAGGAAGGAAGCUGGAACGGGUUAAUCAAGGGGAGGUGGACUUGGACUGGGAAGAGAAUGUUGGUCCGGAGAUAGACAAGAUGAGCGAAGCGGGAGAAACUGAGCAAGAGGGAGAAGACGAACAGAAAGAAGAGAGGGGGCACAAACCAGAACGACUGUUACAAGGAGGCGAAAAAUCGAGAGAGCAAAUGCGAGAACGAUCAAGGGAACAGAAGAAGGGGCCCCAAAAACUCACCACUAUAACAGGCGACGCUGUGGAGGCACCCCGGAGAAGGCUUCCUCCUGAUGGAAUAUUAAAAAAACGGUACCUCCCAAAACCUCGCAAUGUGGAUAAUUGUCAUGUUGAAGCUGCAGGUCCUAACGCCCCUGCCGAAUUCAACAACGCGGAUGUUUCACUAAAUGACAAAAAUGGUUACAGUGAACGUGAGCAUUCUAGCAUGUUAUAUAAAAAAGGACAAGGAAAAAAGCGAACAAAAUCGAAAAAUUCUUCUCCAAAAAAGCAGUGCGCUUUUAAAAAAAGUAUCCUACUUAGAAAAAAAAAAAAAAUGUUAAAUGAGACUUACGACCAUCCGAUAUAUUUCGACAUGUGUCACAGCUACGAUGCUGCACAGCCACGAGGCAAUAGAUCUUACAUAAAAAAAAGUAAAAAGAAAAUAAACGGAGAGAAUUGUAAGUACAAGUACGAACUGCCUACUAUUGCAUCAUUGGGAAAGGUCAAAAAAUUAAAUUAUUUAAACUUUACAAUUAACGAAGAUAAAAUGACCAAACAGGAAAGGAUGCUUCUGAAUAAUUUAUCAAACGUGUGCUUUAGUCGUAGCCUUCUGCACGCCGUGGCCCAGCCACGCAAAAAGGUGAGGCGUAAAAGGGGAAAAUUUGGUCCAUAA